AUGGAGAUCCUGGGAAACCUCAGCAAGGUGGAGGACAACGGCGUGUUGAUCUGUGAGUACGUGGACCAGGACUCGUACAGGGAGGUGAUGAUGCUCCUCACUCUGCCCGACCUCAUGAUCCUCAUGGCCUCACUGGAGGUGCUCUACCUGUUGGCUCAGCUCGGAGAGAUCACCUGCAGCAAGAUCGCCUCAGUCAACCACAGCAUAGACUUGUUAGUCCGACUAGUAUCAGUUGACCUUCACACCUUUGGACCUGACGCCCUGACCGCCGUGAGGUUAAUUGAACACCAGGCCAGCGCGGACCAGGCCACUGAGGUUCGACCACAGCUGGUUGAGCAGGUACCAGCUGCAGUCCAGGGGACGCCAGCACCAG